GACCGUCCAAGUGCUGGGACCUUCACCGCUUGAUUCAGUAUCUCAGCUCCGAAUAUUAGAUAAUCCCACGAAGCUGGGACUGCCUUGGACCUGUGAUGGCUUCCCUUGUCAUCUGCUCCUUUUGGGUGGUGCUGUUUUUGGCCCACUGUGAAGUCAGCGCCUCCUCAGAUCAGAUGUGCAUUGAGAAAGAAGCCAAUAAAACAUUUAACUGUGAAAAUUUAGGUCUCAGUGAAAUUCCUGACACCCUACCAAACACAACAGAAUUUUUGGAAUUCAGCUUUAAUUUCUUGCCUACAAUUCAAAAUACAACAUUCAGCAGACUCAUAAAUCUUACGUUUUUGGAUUUAACCAGGUGCCAGAUUAACUGGAUACAUGAUGACACUUUUCAAAGCCACCAUGAGUUGAGCACACUGAUAUUAACUGGAAAUCCUCUGAUAUUCAUGGCAGAAACAGCACUUAGUGGACCCAAGUCACUGAAGCAUUUGUUCUUAAUUCAAACAGGAAUAUCCAGUCUUGAUUUUAUCCCACCUCACAAUCUGGAAAAUUUGGAAAGUUUGCAUCUGGGAAGCAACCAUAUUUCCUCCAUUAACCUCCCAAAAGAUUUUCCAACGGGGAAUCUGAAAGUCCUGGAUUUUCAGAAUAAUGCUAUACACUACCUUUCUAGAGAAGAUAUGAACUCUCUGAAGCAGGCCACCAACCUAAGUCUUAACUUCAAUGGCAAUGACAUUAGAGGUAUUGAGUUUGGAGCUUUCAGUUCAAAAGUCUUCCAAAGUUUGAACUUUGGAGGGACCCCUGACUUGUCUGUCAUAUUCAGUGGUCUGCAGAACUCUACUAUUCAAUCUCUCUGGUUGGGGACAUUUGAGGACAUUGAUGACCAACAUCUAAGCUCAGCCACACUUCAGGGUCUUUGUGACAUGUCUGUUGAGAGCAUCAACCUGCAGAAGCAUCAUUUCUCUGACUUCUCCUCCACCAUGUUUCGAUGUUUUGCCCAACUCCAGGAACUGGAUCUAACGGCCACUCACUUGGAAGGAUUACCCUCUGGGAUUGAGGGUAUGAACUCACUCAAGAAAUUAGUUCUCAACGUAAAUAAAUUUGACCAAUUGUGUCAAAUCAACGCUGCCAAUUUCCCCUUCCUUACACACCUCUAUAUCAAAGGUAACACAAAGAAGCUUCACCUCGGUGCUGGCUGUUUAGAAGAACUAAAGAAUCUUCAGAAACUUGACUUAAGCCAUAGCAGCAUAGAGGCUUCUGAUUGCUGCAAUGUGCAGCUCAAAAAUCUUCCCCACUUGCAAAGUCUAAACCUGAGCUACAGUGAGCUCAUUGGUCUUCAGAGGGAGGCGUUCCAAGCAUGUCCUCAGCUAGAGCUCUUGGAUUUGUCAUUUACCCGCUUACAUGUAAAUGCGCCACAAAGUCCUUUCCAAAACCUUCAUCUCCUACAGGUUCUGAAUCUCUCUCACUGCUUCCUUGAUACCAGCAAUCAGCGUCUUCUAGCAGGCCUGCCAAAUCUUCGGCAUCUGAACUUACGAGGAAAUCGCUUUCAAGAUGGGAUUAUCCCAAAGACCAACCUACUUCAGACAGUAGGAAGCUUGGAGAUUCUGGAUUUAUCCUCCUGUGGUCUCUUGUCUAUAGAUCAACAAGCCUUCCGCAGCCUUGAUAAAAUGAGUCACAUAGACUUAAGUCACAAUAGCCUGACGUCCAACAGCAUUGAUGCUCUCAGCCAUCUUAAGGGUGUCUACCUCAAUUUGGCCUCCAAUGCUAUUGGCAUCGUCCCACCCCAUCUCCUCUCCGUCUUGUCCCAGCAGAGCACUAUUAAUUUAAGUCACAAUCCUCUGGACUGCACAUGUUCGAAUAUGCCCUUUUUAACGUGGUACAAAGAAAACCUGCAAAAACUUGAGGACUUGGAGGAGACUGUGUGUGCAAAUCCCCCAUCGCUACAGGGAGUUCAACUGUCUGAUGUCAUGCUGUCCUGUGGAAUUACUGCUGUGGGUAUUUUCUUCCUAAUAGUAUUUUUACUCUUGGUCUUCAUUGUACUCAUUUUAGCAAUUAAAUUCUUUAUCAGGUGGAAAUACCAACACCUUUAGUGCUGAAGGUUUCCAGAGAAGGCAAACAGAACGUGUUUCACACAAUUGCCUUAACUGGAGAAAUUGUCAGCUGUGGGUGAUCAGACUUUUCAGACCAGCUCCCCAUGCUGGGCUGGGAUCGACAGUGGGGUGUUUUAUUUUUAUUUUUUUAGCUUCUUACCCUGUGAGUCUUCAUGGCAGGUAAACUGACCCAGGCCAAGGACCAGACUCUGCUAUGAAAGACAUAUUAUCAUUUAUUUCCUCACGUGGAAGAUGACUGGAAGCUGGGGAGGGAGCUGUGGCAAGGCCACCUGCCUUCCACUCACUGAGAGACCUCACAGAACCUCAUCCCUGGAAGGAGAUCAUCAGCUGCACAACCUGGCAGUGCCAAGGCCAACCCUACCCGCUUGUGUUCUCUCCCACAGUUUGGUCAUUGUGCUUGAGUCAAAGUUCUCAAUAAUGUAACAUUUGGAUAAUAUAGUCAAGGGCAAAGUCUCAGUGCUUAUUUUAAAUGAGAAAAAGAAAAAAGCUGGGUAUG